UUGAGGCAACGUUUGAAUUUGUACGGUUUUGAAUUUUUAGAAGUGUUAAAGGAAAUCUGUUCAAUAAAAUGAAGUUCUUAGCUUUGACAUUAUUUGUGUGCUUGCUGAUUGUUGCUCUGGUAUCAGCCGUUCCCGCCGAGGAGUCAUUACCGGGCGAUCUUUACGACCAGGAUGAACAAGGGCGGCAGAACUUUUUCAAAUUAAAGAAAAUCAAGAAAUUGCUUCUGGGCUAAACUAAAUAAAUAGUGAAGUUAGUUCAUAGUAUUCGCCACCUUAAUUGUGUUCAGUAUGAAUUUAAUUCAUGGUUUUCUUUGGUAUUCCCACAAAUAUUAUUUUAUA